AAAAAACAUAAAAGCGUAAUAUACAAACAAAAUAUGAACGUAUUAGAAUAUUAACAGUAAUAUCAUUGAAAUGUGUCUGGUCAAAAAUACUAUAUUUGUACUCGUAAUGUUUGAAAUUAAUGGAGGAAUAUUUAUUAGUAGCCAACUGGAUGAAUCCAUUAUCCAGUUGAAAUUAUUUACCGAACUUGACAUGAAUGACCCAUUUGAAAUCAAUAAGAAUAAUAUACCCGAGGCUCCAAUACACGCAGAUUGUCCAAUAGAAAUAUUAAUUCAUGGCUGGAGAGGUAGCUCAGAUUCAGAUUGGUUGACAAAAAUGAAAGAUCGAUUACUUGAAGUUGGAUGCAAUAAUGUGAUAGUUGUUGAUUGGGGUCAAUUAGCAGAUAGUCCUUAUGCUGCCGCUGUAUCAAAUGUUUCUAUUACUGGAGAAUACAUUGGAAAAGUAUUAAUAUCGUUAGCAAAUAAGAAAGGCGUCCAAAUGGAAAAAAUCCGCAUCAGAGGGUUUUCUUUGGGUGGACAUGUUGCUGGAUUUAUUGGUAAAACAAUAAUUUCGGAAACAGGCACUAAAGUAGGACGUAUUACUGGAUUGGAUCCAGCUGGACCUUCAUUCCGACUUGUUGCGCCUAAACUCCGUUUGGCUAAAGAUGAUGCAUUAUUUACGGACAUUAUUCAUACCGACGGAAGGAAAUUGGGAACGACUAGAGCAAUUGGAAAUGUUGAUUUUUAUCCAAAUGGUGGUUCUUUUCAAUCGUGUUCCUUGAUUCCAUUUUUAAUCAAUACAUGCAGUCACAAUAGAGCUCAUGAAUAUUUUACUGAGUCUAUACAGUCUGAAAAAUUUAUUGCAACGGCCUGCAAUUCGUAUAAAAGUUUUCAGAACGGUAGAUGUAGUGAUGGAAGAAAAGUUAUUAUGGGAUAUCACUUAGAUACAAAUGUUAAAAGUGGAAAGUAUUACCUGAUGACUAAUUCAUACCCACCGUAUGCACGAGGAUAAGUGGCUUAUGGCAAAGUAAUGGAACCUAGAUAGCCCAUAUUAAAGAAAAAGCAUUUAAUGACUAAUUUAUCAUAUUUCAUGGGCAUGCGUAAAAACUAUCACAGACAAAAGGGUAACCCACCUAUAUACAAAUACGCCGCCAUUUUAACAUUGGGUUCAGGGACAUAACAAACAGUGAGUGCAUAUUUUAUAACUUGUGAAUAUGAAAUAAUUAAAUAAAAAAACUAAAAUAGUUUAAAAUUAUUUUAAUAUAAAUAGUAAAUUUUCAUGAAAAAACGUUGUGACAUUGGAGAGGGGGUGUUGUUUUAAAAAAUCUUAUCAUGUGCUAAUGCGCCCAUUAAACCCAUUCUUACGUAAGAUUUUAUGAGUUGAAAUUUAAUAUCAGAAAUAAUGUAUGCACGCAUCGCGAACUAAAGUCUCUGUGCUAAAGAAUAAAAAUCUUUAGUUUAUGUCAAAUUGUAAGUUUUAGUGGAACUGGUCCUUUUCUAGCAACGUUUUAUUAUUCGGCAAAACGAAUUUGAAUCUUACGUGAGAUGGGGGAGGGUGGUUCGAGGAAACUUAUAUAUUUUUACGUGAGGUGGGGGGUCAAUAUUCGUCAAAAUUAUGCAUGGUCCCUAAGACAAAAUAAUAAGAUUAUGCUUGUGGGUAAUUCAUGUUGAUGAUGAUUAUUCCGAAUCAUUACUAGCACUGAUUUGAUGUUAUUGAAGCCUCUCCAUACAUUUUCGUGUUUAAUAAUUCUUCCAUGACCAGUCAUAAAUCAGACUUAUUUUAGAAUAAUAUUUUUAGCUUUUUAGUAAAACUAUAUGAGCAUAACAAACACUGUAUACAGAGUGGUCAUCAAAAAUAUAACACAUAAAAUAAUGAAAAAUCAAUACCUAUUGUCUUUAUUAAGUUGUUUGUGUACCUAUGAGUGCUAAGCUAUGAAGUGUGUGCUUUAGUUUAAAUUAAAACAUAAUAUCCUGAAAAUAUUAUUCAUGAAACAGUUUGCCAAUAAUUACCGAAGCCCCUUAAUUACUAGGAAAGCAGGUACUCCAUAAGAGCAUAGAGGGAUAUUACGUAGUUACGAACGUAAUAUCUGUUAAUUGCUGAGACUAACCUAAGAUAACUAAAGUGUUUCACGUUUUGGUGGUUUACCCGGUAUAAAAUAUAUAUAGUGAUAUCAUAAGUAAGAAAGUA